AUGUUGGUGUCGUUCCUUGGUUUCCUGCUGUAUAUUGCCCGUGGUGUCGCGCUGCCGGUCUCAGUGCCUUCGCCCACGGUAACUAUAGACUCUGGGCCCAUUGUUGGCACCACGACCUCGUUGCCCUCGUCGACGGUAGUGGUGGAGAAGUAUCUCGGGGUUCCAUUUGCCCAGUCUCCGACCCGAUUUGAGCCUUCUAAGCCCGUGUCUUCUUGGUCGACGCCAUAUAAUGCGACGCAAGAGCUCGGCAUCAUUACACCAGACGGUGGGGAGAGCGAAGACUGUCUCAACCUGAAUGUCUUCACGCCUAGUUCCAAGGGUUCUAGGCCAGUUCUAUUUUGGAUCUAUGGCGGGGGCUACGCAAAUGGGGCCUCGUCUUUCGGGAUUUACGACGGAUCCAGCUUUGCUGCGCAUCAGGAUGUCGUCGUGGUGACGAGCAACUAUCGGACGAAUGUGUUUGGAUUUCCUGGUGGCGAUGUGCCUACCAAACACGCAAAUCUAGGCUUGCUAGAUCAGCGCCUGGCGCUUGAUUGGGUUCAGCGUAAUAUCGACAAGCUAGGCGGUGAUCCAUCUCAAGUGACUAUCAUGGGAGAGAGUGCUGGUGCGGGAAGUGUCGAUGCUCUACUUACAUCUGCUCCGGACCCGUUACCAUUUCGAGCAGCUAUCAUGGAAUCUGGACAAGCCUCCGUUCGGUCUUCUCCUAGCGAUAACGUCCAGUCAUACUCCCAAUCCUGGGAUACGCUUCUAAGUGUGACCGGGUGCUCUGCCAACUGGACCGAGUCAUCUUCUGACAAGCUGGGCUGCCUACGGGACGUCCCAGCCACGAAGAUCAGGGAAAUUUUGGACAAUUCCAAUCUCACCUUUGGCCCUCGAAUGGACGGGGUCAGUUGGUCAGCAGCGCCUCGGCUCAGCCGCCUCGACUCAAGAUUGGAGAAUUCGAGCUUUGCCCGAGUCCCCAUUAUGGCUGGAUACAACGCCGAUGAAGCGAAGCCUUUCAUUGUCGGUAUGAACAAUACCAAGCGAUUCUUGGAGGGAUAUAAUCUGGGCCUCUUCUCGGAUGCCUUCAUCAAAGAAUAUCCUUUGGGUGCACCGGGCAUUCAUACCGAAAACGACCGGAUCUCGGCGAUCUACACGGAUAUCGCGAUGCAUUGCCCGAUCGCCACGCUGGCGAAUGAUAGUAGCAGUGUUGACAUUCCGACCUGGCGGUACUUCUUCAACGCCAGCUUUCCAAACCAGGAGAUCUUCAAAGGCAGCGGCGCUUUCCACAGUGCGGAGAUCCCUUACGUCUUUGGGACCUACAAGACCGAGGGCGCUACUGCAUUUGAGAGAGAAGUCAGUCAGUCCAUGCAGAAAGCGUGGGCUGCCUUCGCGAAAAACCCGACUAACGGACCUGGAUGGGACACAGUCUCUACGAUCGGUCUCUUUGGCGAUGGGGUCAAAGUCGGCAUGAGUGCCAAGGGAAAGAAGCCGCUUACCACUGUGGAUUCGAGCAUGGAUCAGCGAUGCUCGAUGUAUAAAGCAUUUUAUGACCAGUACAUAUUUUCCGACUACUAG